UUGCUCUCCCUGCUUCUAGCGGGUGACACAGCGGUCAAAACAAGUUUGCUAGCGCACGCCUGUUCAUCAUGCCACCAAAGCAGGCGCCGAAAGGUGGGAAGAAGGAACCUGCGAAAAAGCCAAUGAAGCCUAAGGAAGGUGGUGGUGGGAAAGCCAAAAAGAAGAAGUGGUCUAAAGGGAAGGUUCGAGACAAACUCAACAAUAUGGUUCUUUUUGACAAAGCUACUUUUGAUAAGCUUCUGAAAGAAGUCCCACAGUACAAGGUCAUAACGCCCUCAGUAGUAUCAGAGCGCUUGAAAAUUCGAGCCUCACUUGCUCGACAUGCACUUGAGGAGCUAUGGCGACGAGGUUCAAUAAAGAUGGUGUGUAAACACAAUUCGCAACAGAUAUACACAAGGACAACGAAGGCUGAAUAAUUGUAUGAUAAUACACAUUUGGUAGUC